CAGGUGCUGACAAUUCGGAUCAGGUCUGAAUCAGAAUCAGGAGCAGGAGCAGAACUUUGAUCCGGAUCAGUUACAGUGAGGCUGAGGAGGAUGAAGAUGAAGCUCGGCGGUGUUUUUGUUUUCACUUUCAUCUCUGCUUUGAUGUUGGGAUCAUGUUUUCACCUGGGCGUCUCCGUGGUUUCGGGGAAGGAGGCGUGGGACUACGUGGAGGUGCGGGACGGCGCUCACAUGUUCUGGUGGCUCUACUACGCUAACGGCUCCUCCAGCAGCUUCCAGGAUCUUCCUCUCAUCAUGUGGCUUCAGGGAGGACCUGGAGGAUCCGGCUGUGGGUUCGGGAACUUCGCUGAGAUCGGACCGCUGGACACCAACCUGCAGCAGAGGGACACGUCCUGGGUGAACGCAGCGAGUGUUCUGUUCGUGGAUAAUCCUGUAGGAACGGGUUACAGCUACACCGACUCGUAUGGAGCUCUCACCAAAAACGUGGCGAUGGUGGCGGCAGACAUGAUGGUUCUACUGAAGCACUUCUUCACCAAGAGAACUGAAUUCCAGAAAGUUCCGUUCUACAUCUUCUCUGAGUCGUACGGAGGAAAGAUGGCGUCUGCUAUCGGACUGGAGCUCAACAAGGCGGUACAGAGUGGAUCUAUAAAGUGUCGUUUUGCGGGCGUGGCUCUGGGAGACUCAUGGAUUUCUCCUAUUGACUCAGUUCUGACGUGGGGACCGUACCUGUACAGCACUUCUCUGCUGGAUGAUGCUGGUCUGAAGGAAGUGAUGCAAUCAGCGAAGGAAGUUCAGAAGGCGGUGGAGCAGGGAGAGUACGAGAGCGCCACCCAGCUGUGGAGUGUUACUGAGAACGUUAUCGAACAGAACACCAACGGCGUGAACUUCUACAACAUCCUGACCCGGGACGACAGCGACCUGCUCACAUCCAGCAGCAGCGCGGGUGAAGGAUUCCUCGCUGCUCUGACGCGGCGCCAUGUUCACCCACUGCAGCGCCAGUCGCUCUCACAGCUGAUGAACGGACCAAUCAGAGAGAAGCUGGGCAUCAUUCCCAAAAACGUCACAUGGGGAGGACAGGCGGAGGAAGUGUUUUUAAGCAUGGCGGGAGACUUUAUGAAGCCGGUGAUUGAUGUUGUAGACGAGCUCCUGGCUGCAGGAGUGAACGUCACCGUCUACAACGGACAACUGGACCUAAUCGUGGACACCAUGGGACAGGAGUUCUGGGUGAAGAAGCUGAAGUGGGCCGGUCUGGAUCAGUUCAGUCAGAUGAAGUGGACGCCGCUAGAAGAUCCACAAUCUGCUGGACAAACUGGAGCUUUUUAUAAGACCUACAAGAACUUCUCCUUCUACUGGAUCCUUAAAGCUGGACACAUGAUCCCGGCGGAUCAGGGCCCGAUGGCGCUGAGGAUGAUGAAGAUGGUGACGCAGCAGGAGUGAUGAAGAUUGCUGCUUCAUUUAGGACAAUCAGACAGAAGACCUGGACGAGAUGGGGUGGGGGGGUGCGGCGUCCAAUCCUCUUAUUUCAGCUUCACACCAAAAAUCUGAUUCUGCACAAGUGUUUUUGUUUGUUUGUUUGUUUUUGUGGCGUCUGAUGAAACUGACGAGCUUUUACAUUUAAUCCACGUCUGAAAUAAAAUGAUUUUUUUUA